CCCGAUCUUUUGCGUUACCUCUGAUUCAUCCUCUAAUUCCCAUAGCACGUGUCUUUUGUUUGUGAUGCAUCAUCAGCGACCCUGCACCCACCCCGCGUUGAACAAGCUACAGAGUGUGUUACUGUCUGGAUGGCUGGGCCAGUAGACAUUAGAACACAUACAUACACACACACACACACAUACAUACAUACUUCAUGGGUACGAGUACAUAGAUGAAGAAACCCAUGUUUUCAUCCUUGCCUAUUGCGAACACAAACCCAAGCCUACAAUUCCUGCAUCAUAUGAGGCUUCUUGCACAGAGUACUGUACUGUUUCAUGCCCCUUUUUUUUUCUCUCUUACAAUUCUUCUUUUGUUUUCCCUGUCCUAUUUGGUGGCAUUCCCCUAUACUUGCUUUUUUCUUUGGACCUCUCUUUUUAUUUCUUAUUUUUUUCUGUUCUCCAACCUUUGGUCUCUCUCUAUUGCUCGCGACCCCGAACCUCGUACUUUCUUUUUGUUCUUGUGUCUGGCUCCAUCGUCUACCCAGUGCCUACCUUCCUUUUCUUUGUCUUAUGAUUUUCCUGUUUUUCCCCCCCACCCUCAAUUUCAAGUUCGAUUCCGAUUCCGCCUUCUUGUACAUGUACACUAAUCCACCCUAAUACAUACCUUAUCUCGAACUUUGGUGUCUGGCUCUUAGUUAUUAUACUGAGGAAUAUAAACCAGGUAUCGUCAGUAAUCAAGUUGAUAAUAGUAUUCAUAAAACAGGGAGGGCUUUGAAACAUGAGAUAGAUAGGUAA